CAUCCCUCCAAAAGCCGUUAAAUCGUUGUCGUACAAGAAAAUACUUUCAAGGCUGCCAACGCCUAAAGGAUUGUCAGAGAGCCUUGGCAAUCACACUAGUGGACUGCGAGGUGGCUCUACAGCCUAGGUUUGCCAACCAGCCUUAGCACAAGGUCACAAAGCAGGUCCCCCUUUCACACACCAAACUCAAAAAUGUCGAUGCUUGACGACCCCAACUUUGUGGACGAGGAUGACAUGGAUGAGGCCAACCAGAUUGGGGGAGACGAGGACGACGAUGCGGCGACCCAGGAUGCUGAGACAGAGGACCUUGACUAUGCGCCGGAGCUCGGGGACGACGCUGUUAUUUCUCCUGCCAAGCGUGAUGUGGCGCGUGCUGAGGCUGAGCGUCUUAAAGCCCAAUCAAAACAGAAGAGGGAAAUGCUGGAUCGAAUGCGGGAACAGCAAAACGCUCUGGCGACCAUGGGCGAUGCGGACCGGGCGAAGCACCGCAUCAACUUCCUGCUGAAGCAGGCGGAGAUUUUCCAACACUUCGCGUCGGACGCGGCAAUUAAGGAGGCCAAGAAGGCAAAGGCUAAGGGCCGCGGUGCGCGGAAGGAAGAGGAUGAGGACGCAGAGCUGCUGAAGGACGAGGACGAUGGCGGCCUGAACGCCGGCCACCGCCUGCAGGUCCAGCCCUCCAUCAUCACGGGCGGCACGUUGCGCGAGUACCAGAUGCAGGGCCUUAACUGGAUGAUCCAUCUCUAUGACAACGGCAUCAACGGUAUCCUGGCCGAUGAGAUGGGUCUGGGCAAGACGCUGCAGACCAUCUCGCUGGUGGCCUACCUGUACGAGUACCGCGGCAUCACGGGGCCGCACAUCGUCAUCACGCCCAAGUCCACGCUGGGCAACUGGGUGAACGAGUUCCGCCGCUUCUGCCCCAUCAUCCGGGUCACCAAGUUCCACGGAAACAACGAGGAGCGGAUCCUGCAGAAGGAGACGACCUGCGCUCCCGGCAAGUUCGACGUGGUGGUGACGAGCUACGAGAUGGUGAUCAAGGAGAAGAACCACUUCAAGCGCUUCCACUGGCGCUACAUCAUCAUUGACGAGGCGCACCGCAUCAAGAACGAGAACUCGCGGCUCUCGCAGGUGGUCCGGCAGCUGCGCACCAACUACCGGCUGCUGAUCACCGGCACGCCGCUGCAGAACAACCUGCACGAGCUGUGGGCGCUGCUCAACUUCCUGCUGCCCGAGAUUUUCAGCUCGGCGGAGAAGUUCGAGGAGUGGUUCAGCCUGGGCGACGGAAGCAAGGAGAAGGAGGCGGAGGUGGUGCAGCAGCUGCACAAGGUGCUGCGUCCCUUCCUGCUGCGCCGCGUGAAGAGCGACGUGGAGCGCGGCCUGCCACCCAAGAAGGAGACCAUCCUCAAGAUCGGCAUGAGCGAGAUGCAGAAGAAGUGGUACGCCGCUCUGCUGCAGAAGGACGUUGACGCGCUCAACGGCGGGGCGGACCGCGCCAAGCUGCUCAACGUGGUGAUGCAGCUGCGCAAGUGCUGCAACCACCCCUACCUCUUCCAGGGCGCGGAGCCGGGACCGCCCUUCAUCACCGGCGAGCACCUGGUGGAGAACAGCGGCAAGCUGGUGCUGCUGGACAAGCUGCUGCCGCGGCUCAAGGAGCGCGAGUCGCGGGUGCUCAUCUUCAGCCAGAUGACCCGCAUGAUCGACAUCCUGGAGGACUACUGCCUCUACCGCGGCUACGGCUACUGCCGCAUCGACGGCAACACCGGCGGCGACGACCGAGACAACAUGAUUGACGAGUUCAACCGCCCCGGCAGCUCCAAGUUCAUUUUCCUGCUGUCCACCCGCGCCGGAGGUCUGGGAAUCAACCUGGCCACCGCCGACAUUGUGGUGCUGUACGACAGCGACUGGAACCCGCAGAUGGACCUGCAGGCCAUGGACCGCGCGCACCGCAUCGGCCAGAAGAAGGAGGUGCAGGUCUUCCGCUUCUGCAUCGAGAACUCCAUCGAAGAGAAGGUGAUUGAGAAGGCCUACAAGAAGCUGCGUCUGGACGCGCUGGUGAUCCAGCAGGGUCGCCUCACGGAGAACAACGCCACCAAGGUCAACAAGGACGACCUGAUCAACAUGGUGCGCUACGGCGCGGAGCUGGUCUUCAGCAGCGACUCGGCGAACAUCACGGACGCAGACAUUGACGCCAUCAUCAAGAAGGGUGAGCGCGACACGGCGGACCUGAACCAGAAGAUGCAGCAGUUCACGGAGAACGCCAUGAAGUUCACGAUGGACGGCGGCAUGGCGUACGACUUCAAGGACGAGGAGGAGGGCGGCACCGACAUUGGCGACCUCAAGGCAAUCAUGGGCUCCAACUGGGUGGACCCGCCCAAGCGCGAGCGCAAGCGCCACCUGCUCAACUACAACGACGCGGAGUACUACAAGAACGCGCUCAAGGCGGGCGGCGGCAAGGACCCGCGCGCGCAGCGGGUGCCCAAGAUGCCCGUGCUGCAGGACUUCCAGUUCUACAACGUUCCCCGCAUCCAGGAGCUGUACGAGAAGGAGCACAUGUACGAGACGUACAAGCACGCGCAGUCGCAGAAGGAGGCCACCCUCAAGAACCAGGGCGCCAGCGAGGAGGCGAUUGCGGAGGCACUGGCGGCCCAGACCGACGACCCGCAGCCGCUGUCGGAGGAGGAGACCGCUGAGCGCGAGCAGCUGCUGGAGGAGGGCUUCAAGGAGUGGACCAAGCGCGACUUCAAUGCCUUUGUGCGCGCAUGCGAGAAGUACGGGCGCGAGAACAUCCCGCAGAUCGCGGCGGAGGUGGACGGCAAGACGGAGGACGACGUGCGCGCGUACGCCAAGGUGUUCUGGAAGCGCUACCGCGAGCUGAGCGACUGGGAGAAGGUCAUCAAGAACAUUGAGCGUGGCGAGCAGAAGAUCCAGCGCCAGCAGGACAUCAUGAACGCGGUGGCCGCCAAGCUGGAGCGCUACAAGAACCCCUGGCAGGACCUCAAGAUCCAGUACGGCGCCAACAAGGGCAAGGCCUACACGGAGGAGGAGGACCGCUUCAUCCUCUGCAUGGUGCACAAGCUCGGGUACGGCAACUGGGACGACCUGAAGGCCGAGAUCCGCAAGAGCUGGCGCUUCCGCUUCGACUGGUUCUUCAAGAGCCGCACGCCGCAGGAGCUGGGCCGCAGGUGCGAGACGCUGAUCCGCCUGAUUGAGAAGGAGAACGAGGACCUGAAGGAGGAGGCGGACAAGGGC